GAGAUGGCGGCGACGAACCUACACUUCUUUCUGGUGCCGCUGGUGGCGCAGGGACAUAUCAUCCCCAUGGUGGACCUGGCGCGCAUCCUCGCCGCGCGCGGGCCACGGGUCACUGUCGUCACCACGCCCGUCAACGCCGCGCGCAACAGGGCCGCCGUGGAUGCUGCCAACAGGGCAGGCAUCGCUGUGGAGCUCGUCGAGCUCCCGUUCCCCGGCCCGCAGCUCGGGAUCCCGGAGGGGCUGGAGGCCAUCGACCAGCUCGACAAGGAACAUAUCACCUUCUUCCACGCCAUCUGGAAGAUGGCCGAGCCGCUGGAGGAGUACAUUCGGGCGCUGCCCCGCCGGCCGGACUGCCUCAUCGCCGACGCGUGCAACCCUUGGACAGCGGGGGUGUGCGAACUUUUCGACAUCCCUAGGCUUGUGAUGCACUGCCCGUCCGCCUACUACCUCCUCGCCGUGCACAACCUGUUCGCGCACGGCGUGUACGACACCGUCGGUGACGAAGACAUGGCGCCGUUCGAGGUGCCGGACUUCCCUGUGCGCGCCGUCGGGAACAAGGCCACCUUCCGGGGCUUCUUUCAGUUCCCCGGCAUCGAGAAGGAGCAGCGCGACAUGAUCCACGCCGAGGCCACCGCCGACGGCCUGCUGAUCAACACGUUCCGGGGCGUCGAGGGCGUUUUCGUCGACGCGUACGCCGCCGCGCUCGGCCGGAGGACGUGGGCAGUCGGGUCGACAUGCGCCUCCUUGACCAUGGACGACGAUGCCAAGGCCGGCCGCGGCAACCGCGCCGAUGUAGACGCCAGCCGUAUCGUCUCGUGGCUCGACGCCCGGCCGCCGGCGUCCGUGAUGUACAUCAGCUUCGGCAGCAUCGCGAGGCUGCCGGCAAAGCAGCUCGCAGAGCUCGCACGAGGACUCGAGAAUUCCGGGCGGCCGUUCGUGUGGGCCAUCAAAGAGGCAAAGUCCGACGCCGCCGUGAGGACGCUGCUCGACGACGAAGGGUUCGAGGAGCGUGUCAAGGACAGGGGCCUCCUGGUGCGCGGGUGGGCGCCGCAGGUGACCAUCCUCUCGCACCCGGCGGUGGGUGGUUUCCUCACGCACUGCGGCUGGAACGCAACGCUGGAGGCCAUCUCCCAUGGCGUGCCGGCACUGACGUGGCCCAGCUUCUGCGACCAGUUUUCCAGUGAGAGGCUACUGGUGGACGUGCUCGGCAUCGGCGUCAGGUCCGGCGUCAAGGUGCCCGUCAUGAACGUCCCCGAGGAGGCCGAGGGCGUUCAGGUGGCGAGCGGCGACGUGGAGAAAGUGAUCGCCGAGCUGAUGGACGACUGGCCGGAGGGGGCGGCCAGAAGGUGCAGGGCCAAGGACCUCGCCGCGGAGGCGAGAGCGACCAUGGAGGAAGGUGGGUCGUCGUACUGCGACCUGACGGACAUGAUCAGCUUCGUGUCGGAGCUUUCGAGGAAGAGAACCCAUGAGAGGGACACAAGCUGGACGACCCAGCCUAUGCAUUUUACGGCGGCGGAGCUCGGACACAACAAGGGCGAGAAGAUCGAAGCCGACGCUGCAUUGGUAGUACAGUCCUAAGCUGCAUACCUACUGGCAAAUUAGGGCUUGUUCGAUUUUAUCCACCCGGGGAUUAAUCGCUGCCACUAAUUAAGGGAUCCUACCACCAUAUAACCAGAUCUAUACCAUCCAGAGCAGCAGUACAAAUAGGUUCAAACAUGAUCAGCCCAAGAUGCAACUUCUGGUUAAGCAUUCUGGGAUCAUGGCAUCGAAUGGGGGAGAAUAAACGAAGUGGAACAACAUUCAGAGCUUUAUUCGUUUUCG